AAUUGUUCUCACUUAAAAAAGCGGCACUUCUCCAAGGAAAUUGCAUCUGUGAUUGGCGCGAAUUUCUCACAUCUGGAUUUAUUUAUGGGAGAUUAAAGAGGAUGACGAAAAGGCCUUAUGUGUUCUUGACGGAACAGUUUAACGGAAUUGCCCGUUGUUAGGUUAGGGGAGUACCACUUGUAUAGGGUGACUCGAAGCGAUACGUUUAUGUUACGCUGUUUAAAAGACGAGACACCAUUUUUACCUGAAAUACUAUCAGUGGUCUAUUUUUCAAGGGCUAAGAUAUAGGAUGUCCCGCAAUCAUAAGGACAAGUAUGAAAACACCAACCCACGUCGUACCCACACCAUCAUGUCGACCGAGGAUGCAAACUCUGGGAAGAAAUCUUAUUGGCCGGAGUUGGAGAUAACAGGCAGUAUAAGGAAUUUGAGUCCAAAUUUGUGGCAGCUAACUCACUUAACUGCUUUGUAUCUCAAUGAUAAUAGCCUACAAAGGAUACCACCUGAGAUCGGCCGUUUAAUUAAUUUACGAGCAUUAGAUCUUAGCAGUAAUAAGCUUCGGAGUUUGCCUGCUGAGCUGGGGGACCUCAUCUACCUCAGGGAGUUGUUGUUGAACCAAAACUAUCUUCGCGUGUUACCGUACGAGUUAGGAAAGUUAUUUCAACUACAAGUGCUUGGACUUCAUGGAAACCCACUGAAUAAGGAAGUGAUGGCAUUGUAUGGUGAACCAUCUGGAACUCUCAAGCUGCUGUCCUACAUGCUCGACAACUUACAAGUGACGGCGAGCCAUCCACCGCAGAGGCCAUGGAUUCCUUUGACGAGGCCGAACAGGACGAGACCCACGUGUAUAUUCACGGUAAUGUGCUACAACGUGCUGUGCGACAAGUACGCGACGCGGCAGAUGUACGGAUAUUGCCCGAGCUGGGCUCUCGACUGGGAGUACCGGAAAAAGGGGAUCCUGGGUGAAAUCCGACAUUAUGCCGCCGACAUAAUCAGCCUCCAAGAGGUCGAGACGGACCAAUUCUACAAUUUCUUCCUGCCGGAGCUGAAGCACGACGGCUACGACGGCAUUUUCUCGCCCAAGUCGCGCGCCAAGACGAUGGCCGAGAACGACCGCAAAUACGUGGAUGGAUGCGCCAUUUUCUACAGGACAGCAAAGUUCACGCUGAUCAAGGAACACCUGGUGGAAUUCAAUCAGCUGGCGAUGGCGAACGCGGAAGGCUCUGACAAUAUGCUGAACAGGGUGAUGCCAAAAGACAACAUCGGACUGGCCGCUUUGUUGCGGACGAAAGAAGCAGCCUGGGAUAACGGCCUCCCAUCUGAUCCGGCACAAGUUCAACAACCUAUUUUAGUUUGCACAGCGCACAUCCACUGGGAUCCUGAAUUCUGUGAUGUAAAGCUUAUUCAAACAAUGAUGUUAAGCAAUGAGUUGCGUUCCAUUCUGGACCAAGCUGGCCAGUCCUUUAGGCCUGGCCAUAAGCCUGACUCUUCCAACGUGCAACUGCUUCUUUGUGGUGACUUCAACUCCUUACCUGACUCUGGAGUGAUCGAAUUUCUCACAUCCGGACGAGUGGCUUCCGACCACCGCGAUUUUAAGGAUUUGGUUUACAAAUCUUCCCUGCAAAAGAUCUCUGGCUGCGACAAGUCGAAUGAGUUUACGCACUCCUUCAAACUCGCAUCUGCCUACAGCGAAGACAUCAUGCCUUACACGAACUACACGUUUGAUUUUAAAGGGAUAAUAGAUUACAUUUUCUACUCGAAACAAAGCAUGGUACCACUGGGACUCCUGGGCCCAUUGAGCCCGGACUGGUUCAGAGAACACAAAGUGGUCGGUUGUCCUCAUCCCCAUGUACCUUCCGACCAUUUUCCUCUGUUAGUGGAACUGGAAAUGACACCGACGGUAGGGACGAGUAACGGUUUGAUCUCACGAAGGUAGCAGCCGCUGCGAUCUAGGCCCAAGUUACAGUAAGGGAUUAAUUAAUGAUAACGAUAACGAAAGCCCCAUCACUCCUUCUCUUACAUUCUGGCUCUAGCAAUACUACUCGCAGUCGAUUAUUGCUCUAGUAGUGAAUAAUUACAAUACUCCACACAUUGCCGCACACAUUCAACCAACUGACAAACAUUGAUGAAUAAUUCUAACGACCAGGUGAAGGGAGCCGUGUUGUAAUGCGUUUAGCCCAUGUAUAGUGUAUUGCAUUUUUAAGACGUGUAACUCUCCCAUGUUAAGAAUAUCGUAACAUCUAAUUAUCAUCGUAAUAUGUAGAUACCUAUUUUCCUACAAAAGAGAGAAAAAAAAGAAGAAGAUAUUCCGAUCAAGCCUCUGUGAUAUCGACAUUAACAAUUGGAACAAUUUCACAUAUUUACUAACAAAUUAGUGUCUACUAGAGAAAGCCCCGAUCUCUUCCUAAAUGUCAUUACAACAUUCUCCAUACCAACUUUUUGAUAAGAAUGCUGCCAUCCAUUGAGAAAAUUGUAUUUUUAAAGAGAAGAAAAAAAAAUCAAUUACAAAAUACGCGAAAACCUACACGCUAUACUGGGCUGUGCGAAGUGAUUGGAGUUGACUUAACAAUUUCAAUGCAAGUACAAAUCUGUUCUUAUUGGCCACGUAUAUUGAUAAUGAUAAUGUUAUAUAAGGUGAUAGUUAUGAUAUUGUAGCGAGUGUAUUUGUAAGUACUGUAAUGUAACGAUGGUUCACGUAUCAUAGCGUAUCGUGAAACGUUCGAUUGUCAUUCAUUUUUAAUAUUAUUAUAUUCAUGCGGUAGUUCGGUUCCAUUUAUUGACGUAUACCGCACCGAUCUGCUACUUGUUAAUUCAGUUGCCCAAAUGUCCCACCUUCAGCAACUUUUGGUUACUCUUUAAUUUAUUAAUAUACUAACUAUAGAAAUGACAUGCGGCUCCUUCUCAGUGAUCAUGUGAUUAAAGAUUGAAACGACCGGAUAAUGUAAUUUUUGGCAUUUUCUAACAGAUUCGGUGGAUUCGUCCAUCUUUGUUAUUUUAUGUAAUGUAAAAGCAAACAUUUUAUCACGAUCAAUGCACCUGGAAUAACAAGUUAGAUUAAAAAGACUUGCUGAAAUAAUGAUAAAGAGUUAAUCUCCUAAAAAUAUGAUCACGUAUCGUUCAAUAUUUCUAAAAGAAUUAAGCAACAAUGAUCCACAAUUUGACGAAUUAUAUGGAAACUACGAUUUUUAUACGAUUCAGGUUACAAUGAUAAAUAUCAAAAUUUUAUUGAAACGGAACUUAACCGUUCGACCUUACAAAGAAAGUAUCUCUGUUUUCGCAAAAUGCUGCCCUGAAUAUUUAUAUUCUUUAUGACUGACUAAUUAAUAUGUAAAGUAUAAAUUGGUUCACCCAGAGGCAACGUGUAAAAUGAAAUAGGUAUCAUUAUUCAGCGUUAUAAUAAUGAAAUAAAUUAAAGGAAUUAAAAUUCCACAAUUCACAAUAACGGGGGAAAUGUAUAAAUUAACAACUGAAUUUAGUUGUUAAUUAACUUAUUGCUAAUCAGUACGGGAGAUAGGCAGAUGGGUUUAAUUUUUGGAUUUUCUAAACUCCCCACAGUCGAUAUCAGAGAAGGAAAUAGGAAAUUCCGAUAUUGGGAAGUUAAUUUCGCUUCGUAUAAUUUCGUUAAUAUUUAUAUCGGUCUCGUUCAAUAUAUGCCGUGCAUAUUCUCUAUAACGUAACUCUCUAUCGGCAUAAUGUAGAAUUAAGGUAGACUCCAUAUAUACAUUAUUAUUUCGGAUUAUACAAAUAUUUUUAGUCAAUCGAUGACAUAGGGUCGCCAUUUCUUUUCCGCGUUUAUGUUUUAGAAAUCUACAGUUUUGUUUGUAUCAAAACUGACUGUAAUUGUAUAACAUUUCACGAGUACUUUUUAAAAUUUUGUCGACAUAAAUAAGCAUUCAUGCGUGAUUUGAUUAUCAUGCACAAUUAUAUUUUGAUCUUUAUCAUUCAUACCAUUAUUAAUUUUCACCUUUUUUUUGUAACUUUUUUAUUUUUUUUUAAACUGAAUAUUCGAUUGAUUUUGAACUUAACGUGUAUAUAAAUAUAUUAUCAUUUUUAUUUAAUCGAUGCUUUGAUCCCUAUAUCAUCGAUUUUCUGGUGACUCCAAUCAUACUCGUCUGUAACAUUGCGAUAGCUCAUUGAGAGACUUCCCAACAAUUUGUUGAUCACCCGUGAUUUAUUCUUCCAAAUCAUCAAUUUUUGUUCACUAAUCUGAUUUCUGCUGGAUUUAUAUACAAAAUGUUUUUUAAUUCACUUAUGAGACCCUCAAAGUAUCUGCCACCGCUAUUGCACAGUGUAUAAUGAUAUAAUUCACUAAGAUUAGUUUCCUUGAAAUGAAUUGUCCGAAAAUUAAACGAUCCUCUGAUCUACUUUCCAAACUAGUAGAAUAAAUACAAAUACGCGAUUCUUGUUCUUGUCUAUAAAACGUUAACGGUCUUCGCUCUCGUUAUCUGAAUUAAAUGUGAAAUCUUCGUAAAGAAACAGCAUAAUAAUUCGACUUUUGGCGGGAAGCCAACUUAAGGCUGUACAUAAUCUUCUCAAGUCACGAAACAAUACACUUAAAUGAAAUAAUAAAUACCCCCAUUUACAACGCAUAGUUAACGAAAUCAUUAAUAAGCUGACUCUUUCACCACCUUACAACUUAAUCUCUAUAAAGUGUUGUUCCCUUCUUCAAAUGCCAAAUGAUCAAAUAUAUCAUUCAAACGGAUGCAGAUACAUAACAGGCCAUUAAAAUUGCUACGAUGACUCGGAACGUCGUAACAGUACCCUGCAUGUCUGCAAUUUCAGAUAAACAUGAUUUUUAAACCUAGUGAUAUGUAAUAUAAAGAAAAAACAUUCAAAUGAAAACUGUUCAGUAUACUGUAUCGAACUAGUUUUGUAGGGAACAUUUUUUUACACAUCGUCGAGGCAACAAAUUAUGAUUAUUUGAAAUUGCAAAUAGUGUUGUUACGAUAUCUUGGAGCGGCAUGGCUUUGAAAGAAUCCAUCAACGAUCAACUGAAUGAAACAAGUAGUAAAGGAUAAGCUUAUCCGUGGCAUAAGUGUAGUAAAUGUUGUAUAAAGUAGGUAAUUACAGUAUAGUGUUAAUGAACCAAGCUAGGCUUAGAGUUCCGUAUUUGUACAUUCAUAAUGACGUCGAGAACACUUUCAUGCUGUAAUUCGACGACCCCUCGACUAGCUGCACUAGAGUUUUUACAGCUCGCCACUGAUCUUGGGCCUAAUUUAACGCGACACAUCACGCGUUUCGUUAAUCGGUGUUAAGACGACUUAAUGCUCACCAUGGUGUGUUUCCUUGAGCUCGGCCAAGGAAGCAAACCUUAUGAGUCAGUAAUUCGACACUUCUCUUUACCUGCGGUCACGUUAGAAUCUAACAAAAUUUCUCCUUUAGAUGUUACCUCUCUUUUUGUUGCUAAUUCAUGACAUCACUUUACCCCGUGCAAACGUUCUAACUAAAUUUAGGGCCACUUGCAAUGCUGCGAAAAAUACCUAUGUCUUUUGCAUUUGAAUAUCUGGUUACAAUAAGUACCAUAGGAAAAUUGACGAAGUGAUAACAGGAGCAGGAAAGUUUGUACAAAUGAGCCUCUUCACGGCAGGUUUAAAUCUUCUCACUCGUUUCCAGAAUUUAUUUAAUUAAGAAAACGAAAUAGUUGUGCUAAAAAAUAUUUGAGUGUACUUUAACGACAUCUAAGAAAUUUCUCCUAGUUUGUAUUUCAAUGAAAUAUUGUUUCCUUUAAAGGAAACAAAAAAAGUGUAAAGCGAGUGAGACAUAAAGUAGAAGUGAUGGGUAUUGGCGGACAUGAAUGUCUCCUCUGCAGAUACGGCAUCGCUUGUGCAGGAUGGACGGGCAUUGAUGUCUCCCAGUGUACCUAUGAGAUCUGGCAAGGCAAAUCGACGGAGAUAUUUCGAAUGUUCAAACGUAGGUAUUUUAACAAACGUUUGUCUUUAGGACGUCUGGUAGCUGUUUGUUCGAAAUGGAAAUAGCAAGCCGGGUAUUAUGGUCUUGGAAGACGACUGUUUCCUGAUAAAUUGCAAAAUCACUGUCGCGUGUGCUGGAGGAGGAAUCGUCCUAAUGGGAAUGUGUAAGAGAAUAAAAACGUUCACAAUUGUAAUUAUAGUUAAUCGCAAGACAGUCGCAUUGUGUGAAUGCGUAAUUUGACAGCAAAAUGCGCUGUCGUGCAUUUUUGGCUUGAAUUAAGCCCGCGUCGUAGUAUUCCAGACUAGUUCUGACAUUUUCGGGAUUUAGGGAUAUUCGUCGAGAUGCGACAAUGCGAAUUUAUUACACUAUGAUUUGGAUAGCAUGUUGUCAGUGGUUACCAAGGAAAUCGUAAUGCUAAGAUGUCACUUCGCCUAAUGGCCUCGUCGAUGUUACGUGUAGGGUGUUGUACUUUUCACUCAUUAUGUCGGAUUAAAAUACGCAAAGGAAUCAUUAAUCGAUCGUGAUUACGUUCAUUACAUGCGAAGAGUGCUGUGGCUUUGUUUCGGCAACGCGAAAUUCAUCCUUAUGAUAAGUAUAAUUACUGGUUUUAUUUCAUAUGUUCAUUGUAUUCACUCGUAAGUCCUGAAAACGAUCGAUGCGGUAACUUACUUAUCCGUUAUUUCUGUCAAUUACCAACGAUUUAAUAUUAUGACUCUAUCGUUAACCGAAAACUACUGUCAUCCUACAUUUAAUACCGAUUCGGGUGAGCCACUAUGCAUUUUAUAUUUUAAUAAGCAGUUGACUAAUGCGUCGUAAAUGUAAUAGUAAUUUCAUCGAACAAAACUGCUGGAAAUAUUGAAUAGACCGAUUGUGUGAACAUUCUGUAAGAAAGUUAAUCGGGGAAAUUGUAACAACGUUCAUAAUUAACCCGAUGAUCUUUCUACAGAACGUUAAACUCGGAUGGAAUGUCAGCGAAAUGAACAGUAUGUAAGAAUCUGUCGUUUCUAAGGAUAUAAUAAUUUUUACAUAAGCGGAAAGAAAAUGACGCGUUUCUUUUGUUUUUGUUCUUUUUUUUUUUUUUUUUAACAUACGCCCUAGCAAUGCCUUAACAAUGGUGAAUCAUUUUCCUGGAAAGUUUGACGAACACCAAACGAAUUGUACGAUCCGCGGUCCCGUGUCUGUAUCAUCACACAAAAGCGUACAAACGUGUAUAGUUAUCCAUAAAAAAUUAAUCAGGUUCUCAGGUUUUCCACGUAACUUUGUUUUCCUCAUUUACUGGAUUAAUGGACCUUAGAAUUAACAUUACAGUCAGUGAAAUAAGUUGAAAUACUUAUUUGGAAGUUGUUCAUCAAUGCAUUUAAGAAGAGGACACUUGACCACAAAUUAAUGAGUCGUGCAAACUCUAAGCAACCACUGUCACGCAAUACGUAAAUAUAUUUAAACGCAUUUUCCUCAAGCUUUCCAAAAAGAAAACCACAGGAUCCUUUACCGAUUAAGAUCGAAGGAUUUAGCCCCGAUGUCGAUAUAACGGUUCAUACAUCCUUGUUUAAUUUCUCUACAAACUACCGACUCGUGUAAUCAGACUGCUUUGUAUGUAUGUGAAUUCUCGAACAUGUAUUAUCCCGGCAGUGUACAUUUACUUUGGCCUUUCCCGGGCUGCCUGAGUUGUAACUGCAUGGAUGUGGUUAAACACUAGUUUUACAUAAUAUUAGGUAGAUAUUUUUACUUUAACUAAUCGAGCGGUUAUAUCGAUCGUCUCAGUCCUGUGCGAUUGCUGCGUACACCAGGGACGUUUAGUACAUUAUUAUCUGUAACCCAAAUCGAUGAUGUCGUACAUGAUCGAUUUGAUGCCUGUGUACAUCCUUCGAUCCAGUUAUCCUGGACGUAUUGUAUAGUCUAUAAGAUUAUAACUAAUAAUUAGAGCCUGAAAAAGUCGAGUCGCCGCAUGAUUGACCACUGAGCAGUGACGUCCCUAAGAGGGAAAGGCACUAGAUAAUGUAUAAGGCAAAUCGAUUGCAUUAAUUCAAUACAAACAAGAGUCUUUUUGUUUUUCGCCUUCAACUUGAAUUAUUCAUCUUACCUUCCCUUUCGGGGGAAGAGUGACCACCGUGAGGAAUUUCAUGUACCUACACGGUGGACGGAGUAAAUGACAUCCCGAAUGAAGCACACCUUCAAUUUGAAAUAUUUCAUUAAUUCACGGAUUAAUGUAGGCACUUUUUCUUAGUCGUAGGCCUUGCUAUUUCUGAUUAAUGGAUAUGCACGAGACGUCAUCACCCAUGGCCAGCCACGUGGCGGCUCGAAAUUGCGCUAGUUUUUCCGGGCCCUGAUAACGAUAAUUGAUAAAUUAUUAAGACGACGUAAUGCGCAGUGCCGCCUAUGUCCUUUGUCUUUUUUGUCAGCCCGAACUUCGAAACGGCCGAUCUGUCCUGGAUUCGUCGUGACAUAUCGGACUUGUCACCGAUUCAUAUUUAUAUAUGUAUCCUCGAGUCACGGCUGAGAUUUUCCAAUCUGGCUCGAAUCGGGGUAUUAAUGAUUAAUGUUAAUCUGGUCGGGAUAUAUGCGUGGUAUCGCGUCGUUCCGUCGAUACUUGACUUCCAUGGCUAAGAAUGAAAUUGUACUACGCUACAAUAAAACGAGCACAGCACAUUAAGUCAGCCUGACGUUUUGUAAAGGCUGGGCGUUAAAUUGUAGGCAAUGGAAAAAAAAAAGACAUCUUGCGUCCUCUCUGAGAGGUAGAUCGAGUGGGUGUGUUAACUGACUCAUAAGGACGAGGUUUAUUAGCCUAGUAAUUGUCCUAGUUGUUAAUAUGACGGAGUAUAUGUGACGAAGACCUAAGGCGCGACCACCUUUAAGAACGUUAUCCUAAACAAUGAUACAAAUUAUAAUGAUGUAGGAGGAUUUACAAAGUAUGUCAAUUUCCUCGGAACGUCUUGGACCAUUAUACGAGACAUAUGUGUAUGAUACGCGUCUAUGUCAUCUUUAGGUCUUCGCCACUCUUAACCCAUCUGGGGUACUCUGCGAUGUACAGUGCAAUUAAUGCACGACUCUGUGCAGCAAACGUUAUGCAGUUAACACAUCUCUCUAUCUUACAUCUUGCGUUCUCUAUUUCAACACACGAAACCCAUUUUCUGUUGUAAACCUGUCGGUUCAAUCGGGUCUUGCGUGUACACCUUGACUUUAACCAUCAACAACUGAUGAGUAAAAUUAUUCAAGAGAAUUGUAUCACUUGAGACAUUUCACUUAAAAUGGUUCUUGGCAUUUAUUCUAUCAAUUAAAAAAGAA